AUGGUUCAGCUCAAGUCCAACUUGGGCACGAUGCUCGCAUUCCUUUGCUUCCUCCUUGAGCUGGUCGCCGGCAACCCUCUCCGUCUCCCAGAGCACAAGUUCACUCCAACUCAACCGGGAGAGUUCGAGAUCACUGCUAUGGUCGACAAGAGAGCAACUGAUGUUCCGCAUCUGUCGCAUAUUGGUACGGAGAGUGAGGAACAUCACUCCUGGUUCACUGUGACGGGUACAGACUGGGGUUUGUACACUGGGGAAGGCCAUCCGACCACCAAGACGAAUGCUGGCAUUUACCACCUCUCGCAUAUUGGCACAAAGAGCCAGGAGCAUCACAGCUGGUCAACUAAGACCCUGACUCCUGCCGACUCUGUCCGAACCACUCAUCUCGAGCAUACUCGUCAUCCUAUCCCAUCUCACACGACUGUGAUUCAUGCAUUCACACACCUGCCGGUCCCUACUCACUCAACUCCGCAUUCUCCUUCUCAUCUGCCCCCAACUGUUGAGAACCGAGCUAUCCCCUUAAUGCACUUGUCAACUGAAGUUGGUGACUCUGCAACUGCUGAGGAUUCCCAUGAGUCCGAUCAUUCGCACUCGGUCAAGUCAACACAUCCCCAUCAUUCUGCUCACUCGACCCAUGGCUCGCACUCUGCAAAGUCGACUCGUCCCCUGCAUACCCCGCACUCGGCUCAUGCUUCGCAAACCCCAUAUUCUACCCACUCAGCAGUGCACCACACAUACACAGUUGAGAAGCGCCAAGGACAAGAUGAAAACUGGACUGGUACUGAACAUAUCCAUAUGUCCACAGCUCCCGUUGUCGGGACCACCGAGUCUGCAUCGAUUCCAUUUUCCUUUCCACCCGACUGGGCCGCUGUCGCCCGCCUCAGCCUGCUGCCUCCUCCCUUCGGUCAAGAAAAGAGAUUCGGAUAUCUGACCCCUCCAAGAGAUUCUCGCGAAUCCACUGCUGGCGGCCCACUUUCUACAGAUCCCGCAACCGUUCCUCAUUUUCUUCCAACUGACAAUUGGUUGGGUGGACCUCAUGCACCCCAGACCUUCACCUUCACCACUGGCACUUCUGUCGAAACUAUCACUCUGCAUAUCGCAACUCAUGCUGGUGAUUCAACCGCCGGCGGUUCCGCUGCCACGUCUCCCCCCAGCCUGAAUCCAAGUCCAUGUGCUUCCAAUACCGAUCUGGAGUGCGUCGUUCAAGGUACGAAUACCAUCACAGUGGGUACGCUCUCACCCGCAGAGCCAACAUCAGUUCCUCAUCCUGCUCCGACUCGUAACUCGCGCGGUCCCCGCAAGUCAACACAUACGGUAAACCCCUCCACCUUCCAGAACGCAACCACGAUCGCACUUCCGUCGACUACCUACUGCCUCACGACCCUCUACCUUCCCCAUUCUCCAGAAUUCCGUCCGGGUACCAAGACUGUCUGGAUUUCGACAACCACACUGUAUCCGGAGUGGGACUGCCAUGGCUGUCCUUCGUUGACGGUCGUUGAUCCUUGGGCUAUCGGCCAACCAACAUCUCACUAUCACCACACUAAGACAAGCAGCAGCGUCCUCUCGGUGGCUUCUCCUGUUUGCAGGCCUAGUCAGACUAGCAUUGAUGUUAUUCUUACGGCUGCGUAA